UAACAUUUAGUUAACAGCGAACUUUUAAUUGAAACGGACGUGCGAAGCGGGUGAACAUUUUUCGCGAUUCCUCAAAAAUCGUGAAUUAAGAAAAUUUUAGGAAAACAUUUUUUUUUCUUGUAAUUUAAUGAAUUGUGUUCGAUUUAAAAAUAGUGUAAUUUUUCAUCUAACAAAACUAAAUUAGUUGCUAAUAUACAUACAUUAGUUGAGGAAAAGGUAUAAGUGUGUGUAAAUUUGUAGAAAAUAUCCUCGUGUGAAAAUCCAAUAGUUUGGAAGUGCCAGCAAAGUCAUUACCACGCAACGCAUAGUGUUGUUGGGCAAGCGUAUGCGCGUGUGUUUAUGUCAACAAACAGAAUAUUAAUACAUUGGCAAUAUUUACUUGCUGCAGGAUUUGUGUUGAAACUGAAUUUGUGAAUUUUUACAAUUCAAAAAUCCUGUUCUUUAUAAAUUUUUAUUUAAUAUAAAAAAAAUUAAUAUAAAAGAAAAACAUAAAACGAAUGCAAGCAAACUCAAUUGAUGUGUAGUGUACACGAAAAAAAUAGCAAAAAGGAAAAUACAAAAACAACAAAACUACGCGAAAAAUUACCUUAAAAUAUUGCAUACGUGCAGGCGUAUAAACAGCGAAAUGCAGCUAUAUUGAUGCUGCUGUAGCAAGUAUUGAUUAAAAAAUACGCUUUCCGCACAAUUCGACAUUUCAGUUGCUUUAACUUUUUCAAUUCUCAUAUAGUUACAAUAUUAAUUACACUUAAGCCCGAUGCUAUAAACCACGCGGGCAUCGAAACACAAGAUCUCAACUAUAGAAAAAAAUAGCCUAACUUGUAAAGUCAACGCUGUCAACAGGCGCAUUGGUUGUUUUUAUUGCUUUAUUUCGUUUGGCGCCACUCAGAGAGUUGUAUCAUGGGAUUAAUAAGCUGCCGCCUCUGGUGGCUGCUACUCAUUAAUGGACUGCUGCAGCAAACGACGCUACACGCAGCCACCUUUGUAGGCGCAUCACCGAUUGAGCCAUCCACACGGACUAAUGAUAGCGCACAAAGUAAUGUUGUAGAGUUUUAUGAUCGGAAUGCGGGUUCCACCUGCGGCACUGAACAAUUCAGAUGCAACAACGGUUUCUGUAUACCCAAGAGAUGGCGCUGCGAUCAGGAGAGCGAUUGCGCCGAUGGUUCUGACGAAGCAACGUCGCUAUGCAUGAAUUUCUGCACACCGACCGAGGUGAAGUGCAAGAAUGGUGAACAGUGCAUACCACGCUCUUGGGUAUGCGAUGGCAGCCCCGAUUGCCGUGACCAAUCCGAUGAAGCUGAUUGCAAAACAAAAACAUGUUCACCCGAUGAGUAUUCGUGUAAAUCCGGCGAGGGUGAAUGCAUUCCAUUAGCAUGGAUGUGCGAUCAGAGUAAAGAUUGCUCUGAUGGUUCCGAUGAGGCUUCAUGCAAUGAGACCUGCCGCUCCGAUGAGUUCACCUGCGGCAAUGGACGUUGCAUACAGAAACGUUGGGUCUGUGACCAGGACGACGACUGCGGUGAUGGCAGCGAUGAGCGCGACUGCCCGCCGAAAACAUGCAAUCCAAAUACGGAGUUUGCUUGUCGCGAUGGCGGUUGUGUCGCCAAACGUUGGGUGUGCGAUGGUGAACCGGAUUGUGUGGAUGGCUCCGAUGAGCAGCAAUCGUGUGACAAGAACGCCACACACGUCAUAACGCCGUGUCUGUCACACGAAUUUCAAUGCCGCGAUCGUAUUACGUGCCUACACCACAGCUGGCUGUGUGACGGCGAGAAGGACUGCCCAAAUGGCGAUGAUGAGCUGCAGGAGAAUUGCCGCAACACAACAUGCCGCCCGGAUCAGUUCCAGUGUGGCGAUCGUUCCUGCAUAGCGGGUCAUUUGACGUGCAACGGCGAGGCCGAUUGUGCGGAUCGCAGUGAUGAGCUGAAGUGCAGCAUUUCCAAAAUCACCGAAUGCAAUGCUACUACACACUUCAAUUGCGGUGGUGGGCAAUGUAUUCCGCUAUCGAAGGUUUGCGAUCGCAAGAAGGACUGCCCGGAUGGAGAGGAUGAGCCGGCGGGCAAGUGUUCGAUAAAUGAGUGUGCGGUGAAUAACGGCGGUUGUAUGCACAAAUGCGUCGAUGAACCGAUUGGCUACCACUGUGAAUGCAACUCUGGCUACAAACUGACCGACAACAAGACCUGCGUAGACAUUAAUGAAUGCGAAGAUCCGGGUGCUUGCUCACAAAUCUGCAUCAACGAGGUUGGCGGCUUUAAAUGCGAAUGCGAAGCGGGCUAUAUGCGUGAUCCACGCAAUCAUACGCGUUGCAAGGCGACCGAGGGACAUGCAUCGUUGUUGUUGGCGCGCCGUCAUGACAUCAGGAAAAUCGCCUUGGACCACAUGGAAAUGACAUCGAUUGUGAAUAGCACGAAAUCGGCGACCGCAUUGGAUUUCGUCUUCCGCACCGGCAUGAUAUUCUGGAGUGAUGUGUCCACGCAAAGCAUUUACAAAGCACCCAUCGAUGAGGGCAACGACAAGACCGUUGUGCUCAAGGACCACUCGGUGACAUCAGAUGGCUUGGCUGUUGAUUGGAUUUACAAUCACGUCUACUACACAGACACACACAAAUGCACCAUCGAGUUGACCAACUUUGACGGCAACAUGGGUAAGGUACUUAUCGAGGACGGACUGGAUAUACCGCGCUCAAUUGCACUGGAUCCGAUAGAGGGUUGGAUGUAUUGGUCUGAUUGGGGCGCCUCACCACGCAUCGAACGCGCCGGCAUGGACGGUUCCCACCGCACCACCAUAAUCAAGUAUGACGUGAAGUGGCCAAAUGGCAUUACAUUGGAUCUGGUACGUAAGCGCAUCUACUGGGUGGAUGGCAAAUUGAAUACCAUCGCAUCAGCGAAUUAUGAUGGUUCGCAACGUCGUCAAAUCUUAUACUCAACGGAGCACCUGCGCCAUCCCUUCUCCAUAACCACAUUUGAGGACAGCAUCUAUUGGUCCGAUUGGGAUAAACAGACCGUCUUCAAGGCGAACAAAUUCAAUGGCAAAGGAGUGGAGCCGAUAACGGCGCUGCAUCAGCUGCAACAUCCGAUGACCGUACACGUCUAUCAUCCCUACCGCCAACCGGACGGCAUCAAUCACUGUCAAGCGGUGAAUGGUCAUUGCUCGCAUUUAUGCCUGCCAGCGCCGCGCAUCAAUGAACGCAGUCCGCGCAUCGCCUGCGCCUGUCCCACCGGUCUUAAGCUGAUGGAGGAUCGACUAAUGUGUGUCGAAGAUUUAAAUACAAAGUCAGCGUCGCAAGCGCGCCGCAAAAACUUGCCAAAGAUGUCUAAAUUUACCACCGCCCGUAUUUCUACCAACAGCAAUAGCAACAAUGCGACUGCUCAACAAGCAACAUCCGCUCCAAAUAAGGAAGAGGUGGAUAAUCAUCAAGCUGGUAAUGCGACAAAUGCCGAUGGCAGCAUCAUCUCACCGCAAACUGAUUCCAGUUACUUAGCAUUAACGAUAAUCGGUUCACUGGUCGGCUUCGGACUGGUGACAGGUGUGAUACUUUGGGUCGUUUAUCGUCAUUGCAGCAGGCGUCCCACCUCAAUGAACUUUGAAAAUCCGGUGUACCGUAAAACCACCGAGGAUCACUUUAGUUUGGAGAAAAAUAAUCUGCCGGCGCGCAUGUAUCCCAGCACGGUGGAUGAAGAGUCCAAAGAGCCGCUGAACGCUGACACUGGCACGGAGUGUGUGUGAAAGGCUUACGCUAUUAGGAGAUUACUGUCAUUACGCUCAUAAUUUUUCGUUUUUUUUUUUCAAUAUUUUGUUUUCGUUUUACUUAUCACAAGUUCAUGCAUAACUCAAUAGCACACCAUAUCGCUCAUCCAAAAUAUCAAAAGACCAAACAAACAUCGCACACCAACUCAAACAGAAGAAGCUACACAGAGAGACGACACCCCCCACUUCAUAUACGCUGCCAAAAAUGCUACUCAUUUUAACAUAUGCAAAAAGAAAAUAUGAAAAAUCCAAAAACAAAGGAAAAAGCAAAAAUAACGCAGAAAAAAUUUGUAAAAGUCGAAGCAUUUCAGAAACAUUUGAAAUCGUACGGCUUGUACAUGUUUGAAACCAGAAAAAAAUACUGAGCACGUGCCAGUAUUGAAAUUGAAAUCGCCACGGUUGCAAAUGUAUUAGAACAAAUGAAGACUAUGGAAAGAGAAAGGCUAAAAAAUACUAUUUAAAACAAUUUACUAAUUAAAAUCAGUUUAAUCAAUUGUUGCUUCAUCAACAAUAGCCAAAACAUCGGAAAACAAAAAAAAAAAAAAAAAACAAUAAACACAAAAGUAAUUUUGGAAAUAAACAAAGAAACUGCUUACUGAAAUACGAACUACAACAACAAACGUGAACGGCGAACAUACACACACUCGCACGCACCAAGGCGCCGGAGCAACCAAGAAACAGAGACGAUAAUGAGUUUUGAAGUCAAUUAAACCCAAAAUAUACGCACAUACACACACACGCAAACGCACUCAAUGUCAAGCAGAAAAAUGAAAAAUGAAUAAAUUGGAUUAAUUUCCGUUAAAAGACUACACCCGCACUUUAAUACAUACAUACGUGUAUUUUAUGGUGCGCCAAUGCCUGGCAACACACACAGACACACACUCCCAUGUAAAUACAAAUGCAAAUCUUUGCUUUUAAUUUGUUUAGAAUUCUUUAAUUGAAUGAAUUGAAAAUUUUCCAAAAAUAAUACUUAUGUAAUUUUUAGACGCUUCAAAAGCAAAUAACAUGUAUAAAUUUUAAAUUAAUUUAUUCUUAGCACAAUGCAAAAGUAAAAAAGUAACAAUUGUAAUUGUAAUUGAAAUAUAUUUAUACAACAAAUUUGUAUGAGAAUGGAACUAAUUUGAAAUACAAAACAAAAUUCUUUAAAAUAUUCAUAUAUAAAAAUACGCGCACACACUUACAUAACCACUAACACUCGUACACAGUCAAAGCCUCAAACACAACAAUAGCCAUAUUAACAGUUAUAAAUUAUUGCAAACUCAAUUGGAAAACAACUACUAAAACAAAUUAACUCAAUUUAUAAAUAGAAAUAAAAAAUAAGUAAAUUGUAAUGUGAGAAAUAAAUAAUUGAAUAAAUAAAAGGAAUGUAAAUGUUUAAAUUGCAA